AUUUUAAUCAAAAUGGGUGAGGAAUAUGGUUUUGACAAAGAGAGAUUCUUAAAUUACAAUCAAGAUAUAUUUGAUUGUCCAAUAUGUUCAUGUGUUGCGCGGCUUCCAAAAGAUUGUAGUAGUUGCGGUACAGUGUAUUGUGGCCCAUGUGUGGACUCAUGGCUAAAAAAAUAAUCGUAAUUUUUCAUACUAAUUUAAAUAGUGAAUGCAUCAAUAGAUGUCCUAAGACCUCACAGAUAUAAAAUAUAUAGAAAUCACUCAAAAGAAUAUAUGAUGAUCUUGAAAUUAAAUGUACUUUAUUAAUCAGAAUUUAGGCUCAUAUUGUCCGAAGACAUUUAAGAUAGGAGAUAUUGAUAAGCAUGAGAUUAGUUGCGUAUUACCCAAAUGCGUUAAUCAUGACAUCUGUGGAAAUUCAGUUGGAGCAACAAUUGAAUUGGAAAAUUUUAAAGUAAAAUCUUUAUUUAAAAUGAGGUUUGUGAUCAAACAUGUCUAGUUUUGAGUAAAGUCAAACAAAUGAAGAAUAAACACGAUCUCUAUAUAUACCUUAAGUAAUACUUAAAUGACAAAUAAUCAAUUUAAAGUAAAAUCAUAAAUUACCUUAGAUCUUAAUACCUCUUUGGGUAUUUAUAGUUCCUUGAAUAUCUAGGCCUCUAAUAACCAAGACCAGGGAGUUUCAAAUAAUCUCCUCUUUAAAUGGGAUAAAUAGAGAAUGGGAUCUGGCAUCACAAUUUCUGAUGGAGAUACAAGAAUAUUUUUAAAAGAAUAAGCAUACAUGUUCAGAACUGCAAUCGCAACCUUUGGCUUUGAAAAGGGUAUUGGCUAUUGGGAAAUCGAAGCAGAUGACAGAACAGAAAAUGAAUUGAAGAUUGGAGUGUCAACAUGCAGAGACUUCAAUUACAAUACUGCAUUUUGUGACUUUGAAUUUGGUUGGGCUUAUUAUGGAUUAGCAUAGGUAUUCAAUACCAAUUUAUAUUUUUAUAGUUACGUCAUAAUAGCAAUGCUACUGGACCAUCUUUUGGAAAGAGAUUUAAGAAAGAGGGAAUAUUAGGAGUUUGCUUAAAUAUGAACACUGGAACCUUAAAAUUUAGUUUAAAUGGAGAAAUCAUGGGAACUGCCUACACUGAUGAAAAAUUGAAAUAAGGCCCCAUCUACCCAGCUGUUUCAUUACUUCAUUGUGCAGGAUGUAAAUUAAUAACUGGUAAGCCUCUUCCAGCCAUAUUCUAGAAUUGAUUUAUAAAAAUUAUGUUAAAC